GAGAGACUGGAUGCAGUUGAAAACGCUGGUGGGUCAUCCAGGCAGGAGCUGGAGCAGAGACUACAGGAGGUGCUGACCAAGCACAGUGUGGAUAUUGAGGAGAUCAAACUGCAGCAUGAGCAGUCCCUGGGAGGAAUGGAAAAGACGCUAAAAGAAGAACUCAACAAGUUGACGCUGGUGCUGAAGGAAAAAGAGAAGGAGCUUGAGGCUCACCUUGUCUGUGAGAAAAGGCUGAAAGAAGAAUCAGAGACGGUUCUUCAAGACCGGAAUGCCAAGGUUAAAGAAGUUGAGGAGCUUAGGAAGAGUUUAAAGCAGGCCCAAUCAGAAAAGAAGGGCCUUGAGAAAUCUAACGCCCAACUCCGUAAAAUCAGAGAUGAACUCUCACAGUGCAAGAGUCAGUUGAUAGAUUUAGAGCAAAAACUGGUGACAACUCGAAGUGACUGCCAGCAGAAAGAGGAAUCUCUUCAACAAAAGGUACAGGAGCUUGAAGAGCUAGAGAAGCAGUUGCAACAGGCUAAGAAGGAGCUCUCUGAACAGGAUACAUCUUACACUGAUGAACUGAACACUAAGCAAGAGGAAGAAAAGCAACUAAAGAAACAGCUAGAUGACCAGAAGGCUGCUCAUGAGAAGGUAGAAAACAUUAAGACAGACAUGGAGGCCAAGUUGAAAUCACAGGAAGCGAAAAUGGAGAAAUUUAAAAUAAAGAACAAAGAGAUGCAGGAGAAAUUCAAGAAGAAGCUUCAGGAACUUGAGGAAUCUUCAAAAAAGGAGCUGGCAAAGAAGGAGUCAGAGCUAUUGCAGAAGGAACAGCAAGGUAAAGAGAAAAUCAUGGAGUCUCAGACAAGUUCAGAAGGCCUGAGCAGUGCUAUGUCCCAGCUUGAGGCCAACCACAAGGAAGAACUAGAGAAGAUGUGUGAAGUCCAUAAGCAAGAGAAGGAAAAUCUUGAGCAUCAUUGGCAGGGAAAGCUGGGACAACAGGAAGAGGAAAUGCAGGAGAAACACACACAAAUACUACAGGAGAAGGUACAGGAAUUGGAGGAGGUCACCCAGCAGCUUGGAAAGACCAAAGAAGAAAAAGAGCAAGUUGUGCAGGAAGUGAAGAACUUGAAGGAGGAGUUGGUGAUGAGACAGACCACUGUGCAGAAACUGCAAGCCGAGCUUAAGGAAGCGGCAGUCAAGAUGGAGAGUUUAUCUCAAUCUGAGGCAAUGUUCAAAGAGCAAGUAGAGGUGAUUGAGAGGAAUCUAAACACGGCUCUGAAUGAGAGGAACUCCUUCCAGGAUCAGGUGAGCAAGACUGAGGAGAAGGCAAGAGAGACGAUCAAGGCUCUGUCUGAGAGGUUUGUAGACACCGAGACGCAGCUUCAAGCUCUUGAGGCUUCUAAGGGUGAAGAAGGGGAGGCCGUUCAGAGGAGACUUGAACAGCAUUCUCUUCAACUGGAAGUCAAGGAAAAAGAACUGCAGAAGCAGUUCACUGGGAUUAGCAACGAACUGAUGCGUUACUGCAGGGAAAUUGAGGCCAGCAUCGAAGGUGGUACGAAGGAACUCUCUGAACGAGUCGAGAGCAGAGUGAGAGAGUUGAAAGAGAGGGUUCUGGGUAAUCAGAAGAAGGUAGCACAUCUUAAAAACGUUAUCCUUACCAAGGUUGACAGGAUACGCACUUUGGAGGAGCAACUCCAUCAGAGGACAGAGGAGAAUAAGAACCUAUGCAGUUCACUAGAGCAAAUGACUGUUCAGCUAAAUGUACACAAAGAUGAUAUCAAAGCCUUAACUGCUGAGAGGGAGUCUCUGCAGAGGGAUGCUAAGAAUCACUCCCAAGCUCUCUCAGAAAAAGUAAUUUGCAUCGAACAGCUCAGUGAGGAAAACCGAACCAUCUCAGAGAAUGUCAAAACAAAUGUUGUGCGUAUCAGCAACUUGGAGAGUAUCGUAAAUGACUUGAAGACCCAGUUAUCAGGUAGCCAUAUGAGGAAGGAUGAAGCCAUAUCACUGCUUGAUCAGCAGCACAAGGAGGAGAGACAGAGGCUUGUUUGCCAAAUGGAGGAGAUCAUUGACAGACUAGAGAAAGAGAAGAAAUCUGCAGUGGAGCAAGCCGACACCCUCAGGAACAAACUCACUGAGUUCAAGACGAAAGCAGAGUCCAAGUUCUCUCAGAACCACAAUACUGUCAAGUCUCUGCAGACCAGACUUGAGGAUAUGGAGGAACAGAUCUCUGAGAAGAAUGAGGCCUUACAGAGGCUGACGGCCAGCAUUGACAAUCAGUCCGUCAGCAAGUCGGAGAUGGACCAAGCCUUGAGUGAAAAGGAGCAGAAAGUCAGUGCCCUUUCUUUGGAAGUGGAGAGCUGCAACAGCCGGCUCAGUGAGCUGGAGGAGCAGUUAUUCCUCAGGACGAAAGAGAGUGAGCAGCUAACUGCUGACCUGAAGCAGCAGCACAUUAUCAGGGAGAGUGAGAAACGAGAGCUCACAGAGCAUCUACAACAGACCCAGGAGCAGUUCAGAACCCAGAAUGGGAAUCUACUCCAGGCUACAGAGGAGAAACUGCAGUCCCUGGAGAGAGAGAACCAAACUUUGAAACAAGAGCUGGAGUGGCAAAGGGAAGCCUUUGAGAUGACGAAGGCUGAGAUUCUCAAGAGCAAAGAGGAGAGUCUGAAGGCGGCUGAAGAGAGGUUGUCAAAAGACAAUGCUGGGAAAGUGACCGAGCUGAAGAAGAAAGCUGAGCAGAAAAUCAGCCAGAUUCGGAAACAGUUGACCUCACAACUUGAGGAGAAGGAAAAGACAAUCAAAGACCUUCAGACACAGUUGGAAGAGGCCAAGAUCGAUGAAGCGAGAAAGAAGCAGCAGGUGGAAACCCUGGAGGAGAAAGAAAAUUCCCUUGAGGAAGCCAUGGCCAAGAUGACGGAAGAGCAGGAGAAACGCAUUGAGCAAGUGCGUAGUGAUGAAAGACUGGAAAAAGAGAGCUCUUUACAGAGUUUGAAGGACAUUUAUGAGGAAAAGCUAUCAUUACUUCAGAAAGACAUUUCAAACCAGGAGGAAGCCCUAGCCAAGCUGAAGGAAGAACAAGAAAAACAUAUUGAGCAAGUGCAGAACGGUGAGAGACUUGAGAAAGAGAGCUUAUUGGAGAGUUUGAAGAACAUGUACGAGGAAAAGCUAUUGUCACUUCAGAGAGAUGUUUCGAACCAGGAAGAGACCAAAGCAAAUGAGACCCUCUCAAGGCUUGAGGAGAUUAAGAUGAAGCUUAAGGAAGUAGAGGUGGAAAAAGUUAACUUUCUGGCUGAAAUAAGCUGCCUGAAGGAUGAUCUGCUUGAGAAGACUGCACUGAUCGAACAGCAAAAGACAGAAUUGGCUAGCUUAGAAAAACAGGGUACGAAUGCAGUGGAGGUCGUGGAGCAUUGCACUGCAGAGCAAACCAAGAGUCUCACAGCAGGCAAAGAGAUGGAGAACCACUCUCUGACGCAGGAAUAUGGGGAUGCUGAAUCUCUGUCAUCCCUGCAGAAUAAGCUGGCAGAGGCGGCGCAGGAGAAGCAGAAUCUACAGAAAGACUUGCGUUCCCUGAGGAGGGAGCACGAGCAGGAUCUGGAGUACGUGAAGAAGGAGUUGGCCCAAGAGAACGAGAAGAAGCUCAAGCUUGAGGUCGAGGAUCUGGAGAUGAAGCAGAACUCGUCCCUAAAGCAGCUGAUGAGGGAGUUCAACACACAGAUGGCUUUGAAAGAACAGGAGAUGACCGCUGCACUGAAGGAGACCAUUGGUGAGAGGGAAUCAGAGUUUUCUGACAAGCCAUUGCAUGAUAAGACACUGGCAGGGAAGGCCCAGAGCGUGGAGGUGGAGCUUAUGGACAGCCAUCAGGAAGAGACCAAUCAGCUGCAGAAGGUGAUCGCCCAGAAAGAUGAUGACUUAAACAGAACAGUCCAUCGAUAUGAGCAGGUCCUGCAGAGUCGAGAGGUGGAGAUGGGGGACAGAGUGUGGCAGGUACAGAAAGAGCUGGAGGACCUGCAGGCAAGGACCCACAGCGGCAGUGGAGAGAUGGGUGUGGAGGAGCUGCAGGCCCAGCUAGCUGAGAAGACCACCCUGCUGAGUGAGGCCAGGCUGAAGGAGCAGCAGUUUGUCGACAGGAUCCACUCACUAGAGGACAAAAUGAGAUGUGUCCACAAGAACUCAGUGUUGACUCAUAUGGGGAGCACGCUCAAAGAUCCUGGCCAUUACAGUGCUGAGUCCUUCUCAGAACCCACAGAGUUUGAGUACCUGAGGAAGGUGCUGUUUGAGUACAUGAUGGGGCGGGAAACUAAGACGAUGGCUAAAGUCAUAACCUCCAUGCUCAAGUUCCCACAAGACCAAGCUCAGCAGGUUCUGGAGAAAGAGGAUACAAAAGCAAUUCCUUGGCUACGAUGAGGGUCAGGUAUUAGAAUGAUGCUGGUACUUUAAGGAUGGAGGGUGGACUAAACUGCUGCUGAAGGACUAGAAGGAAGACUCUGUGGACUAGCUCUAGCCCUUCUACUGUCCUGUCUGAUUUCUUCUGCUUCUGACUGUGUGUGUUUGUGCGCUGUGUAGAUAUGUGUAUGAGCUGCAUAGCUAAUCUUAUGAGGGAACUAUAAAAUAUGCCAACUAAAGAUAGUAUCUAAUUCUUCCAGUCUACUUUCACGCGAUGAAAUUACGGUUUUUAAUUUAUGAAUUAUACAAUAUUUGUUUGUUUUUUAGUCCAAAAUUAAUUCUCUUUUUUACUUCGAUUUUCUUUGGAUGGAUGGCUUGUGCAAUAAGUUUGUUUUGGUCAUUGGGUUGGUUGAUUGUUUUUGAGUUGAUUAUUUGGUUGUGUUUUCUGAUAAAGGGACUGUCCAGUGUUUCCAGAUUUCUAUUAAAUAUGACCUAUAAUUAAUGACAAUAUGAGUGAAAUACUUUUCCUUUGAAAACGUGGUAUUUAAGCAGCUUUUUGUGUUGGAAUGGUGUGGGUUUACCCCAACAACUAACCUAACGUAGCAGGUCUAAAAGAAAUGCCUGAAACUAGAUUCCCUACACACUAGUCUUGACGAGAAGAAAAAAAAAUGUCAGGGGAGGUUCUCUUCUGCACUGUUCAGCCAAUCCAUUAGAUGUGGAGGAGGAGUUAAGAUGGAGUUGCAACACAGGCUCUUUCCAUUUCCCCUGAAAAGCAGAACAUCCGGUUGUUGGGGACGACCCAACUACAGAAUGUUGUGGGCGUAUACCGGUCAUUAAAAAUAUGAAUGUGAGUAGACCGCUGAUUGGCCAGCUCAGCCAAUGAGGCAGGAUGACAUCGUUCUCUAUGAGGAAAUGGCAAGCAUUUUCUAAACUGUGUUUUGAGAAACAAGUUUGAGGUGGGGUUUUUGAAGUGUUAUUUCUUCAAUUUAUGCUUUGCCCAGAAAUAUGAGUAUAAGACUAGUCAACAACAUUAUUUGGGUAUGGGUUAACAGCAUAUUAACUUUUAGGAGAUUUUAACUGGACAGUUACUUUAAAUUAUGGUUUUCAGUUGAUCCGUGGUUGUUUUUGAGUUGAUCUUUGGUUGUUUAUCAGUUGAUUUUUGGUUGUGUUUCUGCUCUACGUAUCAAUUUACCCUUAUGACUGUGUGAUGGGAUCAUAGAAAUAUAAUAUCUACGUUCUAUUUCUAUCGAUUCUUAAUAUGAAUCUGCAUUCUAUUUAUAUGGAUGAGAUGAUCCUUUAACUCUACCUUCCAUUACACUCUACCACUUAGACACACUGGCUUCUAGUACCAUGUUUGUUUGUUUCCCACAGCUUUUCUACUUUAUAUUUUGUGGUGACUGACCAAAAAAUAAACUCAAAACAUAUUAUAAAUAAAAAAGUGAAUCUGUACUAUUGGGAACAAUGUGACUGUUGGCUAUAUUAAUACAUUUUGAGACAAGCUAAUACAAUUUUAUUUACACWGAU